GCUCAUUCCCAGUAGGGCUGGGAGUGGGGGUGGUGCUGCUGCUUCUAUUUAAGGAGUUCAACCCAGCACCCAGGGCUGUGUUGUGGCUUUCCCAGCUCACCAUGGCUAGGGCACUGGGAGCACCAAUUGUACUUGCAUUGUUGAGCCUGUGCUGGUCUCUGGCCACUGCCACCCCUCUUCCUCGUACGCAUGGGAAUGUCACUGAACAUGAGAGUGAGACCAAGACAGACCAACAUGUGAUCGAAUACUGCUCAGAUAGCUGGAGCUUCGAUGCCACCACCAUAGAUGACAGUGGAGCCAUGCUAUUUUUUAAAGGGGAAUACGUAUGGAAGAGUCACAAAUGGACCAAGGAGUUAAUAUCAGAGAGGUGGAAGAAUUUCACCAGCUCUGUGGAUGCAGCAUUCCGCCGUGGCCAUGACAGUGUCUUCCUGAUUAAGGGGGACAAAGUCUGGGUGUACCCUCCUGAAAAGAAGGAGAAAGGAUAUCCAACACUGCUCCAAGAUGAAUUUCCUGGAAUUCCAUCCCCUCUGGAUGCAGCUGUGGAAUGUCACCGUGGAGAAUGCCAGGAGGAAGGCAUUCUCUUCUUCCAAGGUAGCCGCACGUGGUUCUGGGACCCUACUACAAGAACCAAAAAAGAGCGUUUCUGGCCGGCUGUUGGAAACUGCACCUCUGCUCUGCGGUGGCUUGGCCGCUACUACUGCUUCCAGGGUAACCAGUUCCUGCGCUUCAACCCCAUCACGGGAGAGGUGCCUGCCCGUUACCCUCUGGAUGCUCGUGACUACUUCAUACCCUGUCCUGGCAGAGGCCACAAGAACAGAACUGGCCAUGGAAACAGCACCCACCAUCAACUUGAGGGAUCACGCUGCAGCCCGCAUCUAGUCUUAUCUGCAUUGGUAUCAGACACCCAUGGUGCCACCUAUGCCUUCAGUGGGCCCCACUACUGGCGUCUGGACACCAGCCGGGACGGGUGGCAUAGCUGGCCCAUCGCUCAUCAGUGGCCCCAGGGCCCUUCCACGGUGGACGCUGCCUUUUCCUGGGAGGAUAAACUCUACCUGCUACAGGGCACCCAGGUGUAUGUCUUCCUGACCAAGGCAGCCCACACCCUCGUGAGUGGUUACCCGAAGCGGCUGGAGAAGGAGCUCGGGGGCCCUCAUGGGAUCAGCCUUAAGGCCGUGGACGCAGCCUUCACUUGUCCUGGGUCUUCUCAGCUCUAUGUCACAGCCGGUCGGCGGCUGUGGUGGUUGGACCUGAAGCUGGGGCCUCAGGCCACAUGGACAGAGCUCCCAUGGGCCCAUGAGGACAUCGACGCGGCCCUGUGUGUGGAAAAGUCCUUUGGCCUCAGCUCGUGUUCUGCUGCUGGCCCCAGUCUAUACCUUGUCCGGGGCCCCAAUGUGUACUGUUACAGUGAUGUGGAGAAACUGAAUGCAGCCAAGACCCUCCCGCAGCCGCAGAAGGUGGCCAGCCUCCUGGGCUGCGGCCACUGAGGCACCUCCAGGUGGGACCAGCCCAACCCCGCCGCGUCGCCUUUCUCCCAAUAAAGCCAGAUGGAUUCUUCGUUUGACUCACA